AUUGCUGUGUUUUGAAACUUUUUUUUUCUUUUUUUACAGCAGACUAAUUAGUGCCGUCACUUAGGUGUGUGUAAUUUAAGACUUGGACUAACUGCAGUCAGCUAGCUUUAGCUUACCAAGGCUAACGUGAUGCUGACUGCUGUAGGUUGUAGCUGUAACGUCACCGUGUUGUUGAAAGGACAACAAAGUCCUGUCUAACGUCAUUAAUGUUCGCUCGUGCAACCUGUCGUCGAAAAGGUUGAUGUUGUACCGGGUUUUUGUCUCCAUUUCCACUAGAAAUGUCUCAGAUCUCUUGAGUAACGAUCUUCAGUCCUCAAAAUCUGAGUCCCAAGGAGUAAAUGGCCAGAUCUCCCAGAUCCCAGGACUGUCCCCAGCCAUCAGCUCUCUCCCAGAGGAGAGGGCACGAGGGAGGAGAGCCGGAGUCCUAGACAGUGAUUCUGAGUAUAUCAAGCUUGCAAAACAAGGAGGACAUAAGGGACUUUUGUGGCAUGACGAAACAAUUACUUCUAAAGCUGAUGCAUACAAACCUCCAGGCUGGUUCUGCCCUGAAUCAGAAGGAGAUUGCAAACCAAGCAGUCUAAUUAACAGCGAAGAGAAGAAAAACCCUGGAGCUUUUCAACUGCCAGAGCCCCCCUUUGGGACUGACAAUAUGUCAGCCUGGGAGAGGGAUGAUAGCAGCAGCAAUGGCAAAGAGAAGAACAACAAUGUUCAUGAAACCCAGAUUGAGAAGUGGCAGUCACCCAGUCAAUAUCAUGUGGCCAGCAAGUUCAAGAGGAUAGUAUAUGACAAGAAUCCACCACCUGUCAGCAUGUCUAAGCUGUUGAGCUUUGGUUAUGCAGGAGACAACAAACCAACAGCCAACGCUGAUUUAUCCAAUUAGAAGACUGCCAUCGCCGUGUGGAAAGGAUGCUAGAACUUGAAUGCGUUCAACAAGAAUAGUUGCCAUCCUCUCUUGCUUUAAACAAUUUCUUUACAUUUUUCAUACUGAGCAACAUCAAAUGUUUUAUUAGUUUCAAUUGUUCUGUUGUGUCGGAUGUAUCACUGGAGUGUGAAAGUUGUCAUGGAAUUAAAGCUAGGGCUUUUAAUUUAUUAUGCAUGUUACUGGUACCUCAUUGCCUGCAUUCUUUAAAUAAUUAAUAUUCCUAAUAAAGUUUUUUUGCUUUGUCUGUAACUCUGAAAAGGCAGCUUGAAGGAAUAAAAGUUUGUAAUUCAAAUAAAAGCAAUGUUCUUGCCUUGUA